GGAGGGACGCACGCGUAGAGAGGGGCGGAGCCGGAGCCCUGGAGUGCUGCUCCCUAAGUGUGUGUGUGUCGGGCUGGGUGGUGUUUGGUGCGGCAGGGCGGCCACUCAGCUGCAGCAGAGCAGGUGCCAUCCUGUGGAAGAACCAUGAAGCACUACGAGGUGGAGAUUCGGGACGCCAAGACAAGGGAGAAGCUGUGCUUCCUGGACAAGGUAGAGCCUCAGGCCACCAUUUCUGAAAUCAAGACCCUUUUCACCAAGACACACCCGCAGUGGUAUCCUGCCCGCCAGUCCCUCCGCCUGGACCCCAAGGGGAAGUCCCUGAAAGAUGAAGAUGUCUUGCAGAAGCUUCCUGUGGGCACCACGGCCACGCUCUACUUCCGGGACCUCGGGGCCCAGAUCAGCUGGGUGACGGUCUUCCUGACAGAGUAUGCCGGGCCCCUUUUCAUCUACCUGCUCUUCUACUUCCGGGUACCCUUCAUUUAUGGCCGCAAAUACGACUUUACGUCCAGUCGGCAUACGGUGGUGCACCUCGCCUGCAUGUGCCACUCAUUCCACUACAUCAAGCGCCUGCUGGAGACUCUCUUCGUGCAUCGAUUCUCUCAUGGAACCAUGCCUUUGCGAAACAUCUUCAAAAACUGCACCUACUAUUGGGGCUUUGCUGCAUGGAUGGCUUAUUACAUCAACCACCCUCUCUACACACCCCCUACCUAUGGAGUUCAGCAGGUUAAGCUGGCACUGGCCGUUUUUGUGAUCUGCCAGCUUGGGAACUUCUCCAUCCACAUGGCUCUUCGGGACCUUCGGCCUGCUGGGUCUAAAACCAGGAAGAUUCCAUACCCCACCAAGAACCCCUUCACCUGGCUAUUUCUGUUGGUGUCCUGUCCCAACUAUACUUACGAGGUGGGCUCCUGGAUUGGCUUUGCCAUCUUGACUCAGUGUGUCCCAGUGGCCCUCUUCUCCCUGGUGGGCUUCACCCAGAUGACUAUCUGGGCCAAGGGCAAGCAUCGCAGCUAUCUGAAGGAGUUCCGCGACUACCCGCCCCUGCGCAUGCCCAUUAUCCCCUUCCUGCUCUGAGCAGCUAGCUCCUCACGGGCUCAGCCCAGUAAUACUCUCUGCCCACUGCCCCCUGUCCUGAAGUGGCUGGCCAUGGCUCUCCAGCAGCAACAAUAAAACCUGCUUACCCAA